AUGAAUUUCGCCACAGCUGCAGCUAAAGAAAUCGGGACAGCGAUUCUACAAGCGGAUGUCGAGAUGAAGAAAAGGAUAAAGAAAAUGAUGAAACAGAGAACGUUGGAGGAUGUUGCAGUGUUGCACACUGUGCUGGAACGUGUGUCCGAGUCCUCCAACCAACAACUCAAGAUAGAUUUCGAGAAGCACCGUAUCCCAGAACGUCUCAAGAAAGUUGCCUCAUUGGUGACGAAUACUCACUAUCACUCUUUUGCUGGAACACAGGGAGAUGACAAGGAAUUCACUCUCUUCACGUGUUUAAGAAACGAAGAUUACUGGAUCGAGAAACAACGACUUGCAUGUGCUGGAGGAGCAGUUGAAGGGAUUAUAUAUUUUUUUGGCUCUACACUUCCCACGCUUUGGUCCCACGCUCCCGGUACAACUUGUUCAACGGUGGCAAUGCCAAUGCCAAUGGUACCGCCUGAUAUCCCCGUUCGCAUGGGAUUCCUAAUUGCCGAUAUGCAGAAACAUUUGGGAGAGACUGAAGAGGAUUUGAAAUUUGUGGUGGACGAGAUUGAGAGUAUCAUCGAUCAGUCGAAAUUGCUGAUGUUGGCUAAUAUUGUUUGA